GAUGUCAUUCUCUGGCAUCCGCGGCAUUGCACAGCAUCCUGGUUGUGAAGAAGACAUUCUUCUGAUGACUGACAGUUUUUGAACUAUGGCAGAUUCAGUAGGAAAUUGGUGUCUCAUUGAAAGCGAUCCUGGCGUUUUCACAGAGUUGAUUAAGGAAUUUGGUGUCAAGGGAGCACAAGUGGAAGAAUUGUGGAGUUUGGACGAUGAACAAUUCGAUGAUUUAAAACCCAUACACGGACUAAUAUUUCUGUUUAAAUGGGUGCAAGAUGAUGAACUAUCUGGAAAUAUUGUUCAAGAUAGCAGAUUGGACAAAAUAUUUUUUGCCAAACAGGUAAUAAACAAUGCCUGUGCAACACAAGCAAUAUUGAGCGUCUUAUUAAAUUGUAAGCACUCAGAUAUAUCUUUAGGACCAAAUUUAGAAGAAUUCAAGAAUUUCUGUCAGAGCUUUGAUGCCAAUAUGCGAGGGCUUGCCCUUAGUAAUUCUGACAUCAUAAGAGAAGUACACAAUUCCUUUUCCAGGCAAACUCUGUUUGAAUAUGACUCCAAACAGGCGUCUAAGGACGAUGAUGUUUUUCAUUUUAUAAGUUAUGUUCCAAUUGAUGGACGUUUGUAUGAAUUAGAUGGAUUGAAGGACGGACCGAUCGACUUGGGUCCGUGUCCAAUAGGAGAGCAGUGGAUACAGGCAGCGAAACCUAUAAUUCAAAAGCGGAUAAACAAGUAUAACGAAGGCGAGAUUCAUUUCAAUUUAAUGGCUAUAGUAACAGAUAGAAAAACUUUAUAUGAAAGACAGAAGUCCACUGUUUCUGAUCCUGCGGAAUUAGAACGAUUGCAAGCAUUGAUCGAAGAGGAAAUAAGGAAAUCAAAGAGGUAUCAAAUAGAGAAUAUUAGAAGAAAGCACAAUUACUUGCCGCUUAUAAUGGAACUUCUAAAGAUGCUUGCCAAGGAAGGUAAGCUUGUGUCUUUGUACCAGAAGGCAAAAGAAAAGGCACUUGAAAAAGAGUCGAAGAAACACAAGGUUUAAGAAAAUCUACUUAAAAAGAAAGACAAGUUAGACAAAGGAACAAAAAUAACAUUUAAACAAAAUUUAUCCUGUUCGCUGCGAAUAAUAUCUAUUAUACAUCGA